AUGACUAAUAUUGCAGCAAUUAACUUUUUAAUGGAAGAAACCCGCCAAUAUUGUCUAAGAGAAAAUAUAGAUAGAUAUGAAGGAUAUUUAAUUAAUGGACAUGAAAUAAUUCAUAUAUAUGAUCCACCUCACUUGCUGAAAUCAAUUCGUAAUAAUUUAUUAACUAAAAAUGUUAAUUUCACUUGGAGGGGGAAACGACAAACAGCAACAUGGGACCAUUUGGUAAAUUUAUAUGAAAUCGACAAAAAGUAUGAACAGUUGGAGAUGCGCUGUUUACCCAAAAUUACAGAAGCUCAUGUUUAUAAAGAAAAAAUAAAGAAGAUGAAAGUCUCUUACGCAUCACAGAUAUUUAGCCAUAAAGUGGCAUCCACUAUGAGACUAAUGAGUGACAUGGCUCCUGACAAUAAACAACUAGGUCAAAAAGCCAUCGGCACUGCAGAUUUUUGUUUGUUUAUGGAUAAUGUAUUCGAUUCAGUAAAUGCUAAUUCUGUUCGUCAAUCACAUGGAAAAUAUCUGCGCUCAGCAGUAACAUCCAAAUCAGGGUUCGAAGUACUGGACCCAACCCAUUAA